AUGUCAGGAUCAACAAGAAUUGUUUUAGUAACUGGUACUAGCAGUGGUAUUGGUGAAGCCAUCGUAAAGUCAUUUACCAAACACCCAAAUAUCAAAGUAUAUGCAUCUGCAAGAAAUCUUGCAUCUAUCAAAAAACUAGAAUCAAACAAUGUUAGUAUUGUUCAACUGGAUGUCUGUGAUAAAUCAUCAAUUAAAAAUGCUGUAGAUUUUAUUAUUAAAAAAGAAGGUAGAAUCGAUAUUUUAGUUAAUAAUGCUGGAAUGAAUAUUUAUUCGCCUGUUAUUGAGAUGACUGAGGAAGAGGGAAGACGUUUGAUGGAUACCAAUUUUUUCGGAGCGAUAGAGGUAACUAAAGAGGUCGGCAUGCAUAUGAUUAAGCGUCGUUCCGGUCUGAUUGCAAACAUUGGUAGUAUUGUCGCGCUUGUCUCCACACCUUUCGCCGGUAUGUACUGUGCAAGUAAGGCUGCUCUUCACGCGUGGUCCGAUUCUCUGCGUAUGGAGAUGGCACCGUUUAACGUGCAGGUAUCGAUCGUGAUGCCCGGUGCAAUCAAAUCGGAUCUGGUAAAGAAUGCACAGGAUCCACUGACCGAUCUCCUCAACCGUACAAUCUACCACCAGAUCAAAGAUGAAAUCAUCAAGCGUUCCAAUUCAUCACAAGAUAAUGCGAUACCAGCCGAAGAUUUCUCGGACUAUGCGGUCAACCAGAUACUCAAACCGAAUCCACCAGCCAGAUUCGCGUAUGGACCGCUGUCAACUCUCUUGAAAAUCCUACAUUACCUACCGUGUUGGAUUCCCGAUUUCCUAUUCUCAAAGAAAUUCGGUCUUGCUAAACUCAAAUCAAUCAUUUCAAAUGAGUCAACAUCAACAGAUAAAUCUAAAUCAGAUAAAAUCGAAUAA